AUGGCUGCGCCCAGUCCGCUAAAAGUACAGCUGUUCGGCCAUUCGUUCGUGAGGCACCUUAAAGAUUUAAUCCGACAUGACUCCACUCUACGUUUUAACUUGAAUCUGCAAGGACACCCUCUAGUACAAUACUCUGGAUUCUCCGGUGCUCGCGUCGAAACACUACACCAUCGUUUAACCGAGAUCUCUGACUUUGAACCGGAAAUUGUUGUGCUGAUUAUUGGCACCAACGACAUUUAUGAUUCGUCGUGUUCAAUUCUUUCUGUGGCAAAUAAAAUUGAAGACCUGAUGGGGCCUGCAAAGAAAACUAAAAAACGAUCGGCAACAACAAUAUGCAGUUGCUGUGAUAAUACAACGGCCAAGAAAUCACGCUCCACACCCACCAGUCCUCCACCAUCAAUAUCCACAGCAAUUCCAGUACAAGAAACGGGGACAUCUACUGGUCCAUCCAAUGCUCACAAUGGAUCUGGGAACAACACAAUCCAGCACAUCCAGGGUGUUGAUUUUAAUCCUGGACCCGUGCCACCCAAUGAAGUUGUUCUACCACAUCAACAACCCCCUCAGGUACCUGGACCCGUGCCACCCAAUGCAGUUGUUCUACCACAUCAACAACCCCUUCAGGUACCAUUCAACUACUCGGACGACUCUUCUUCAGAAGAUGAGGUCGACCCACCAGCAAAUCUUCAGGAAAUACUCAGCACACACAUGAUGGGCCUUCUUCCAGAUACUGCCUCAUUGGAGUUCCCAUUAAGUCUGAAAAGACCGAAAAUGCCACACCUAUCAUCACUUUCAUGGGUUUAGAAUUAGACUCACUUACAAUGGAAGCACGUCUUCCACAUGACAAGCUCUUAAAACUUCGGGAACUUCUGAUGAAAACCUCCAAGUCCAGGAAGGUCACACUGAAAGAAUUACAAUCCCUCCUAGGUUUACUAAACUUUUGCUGCCAGGUGGUAACACCAGGUCGCAGUUUUCUACGUCGCCUUACAGACCUUACCAAAAAGGUCACAAAUCCUAACCAUCACAUAACUUUGAACAAAGAAAGCAGGAAAGAUCUGCAUGCAUGGCGGCUUUUUGCAGAUCAUUUUAAUGGAAAAAACCUUCUUCAUAAGCGCCGUUGGUUAACCUCCGACACCCUACACCUUCAUACCGAUGCAUCUGGCUCAAUCGGUUUUGGGGCAGUGUUUAAACACCAUUGGUUUUCUGGCACAUGGUCAGAAAAUUGGUUACAUUUUGAUAUCACGUUUAAAGAACUGUUCCCAAUUGUUUUGGCAAUUGAGAUCUGGGGCCACGAAUUACAGGAAAAGUGUAUUAUUCUCCACACAGAUAACGCUGCCGUAGUACAUAUUAUUAACCGCCAGACCUGCAAAAUACCUCACAUUAUGCACCUAGUACGUCGCCUAGUUUUGGCAAGCAUGAAAUUUAACAUUCUACUCAAUGCUGAACAUAUUCCUGGUAAAUUUAACAUAUUACCUGACCUACUCUCUCGUUCACAGAUCGAGAAAUUUCAAGCUUCAGCUCCACAAAUGGACAAGGUUCCAACUGCAAUUCCGGAUCAUCUUCUACUGCUCAACUGAACUUGCAGAUUUACAAUCUUUUGAACUCGUCUCUUGCCCCAUCCACUAGGGCAAGUUACCAAAAUGCGCUACAGCAUUACAACAAUUUUCAUUCAACUCACUAUCCUCAACAACCGCUAUGGCCCACUACUACAGAACAACUAGCCCAGUUCAUAGCAGUAUGUAAUGCACGUCAGUUAAAGGCAUCCACCAUUACCUCGUAUAUUUCAGCCAUUACCUACGUUCACAAACUUAAUGGCUUUUCAAACCCCGCAGAGUCAUUUGUCAUCAAAAAAUUACUGCACAGCAUCCGUCGCCACAAAAACUUUGAUAGGCGUCAUCCUUUCACACCAGACCAUCUUCAGUUGCUAUUGUCAAAUCUUCGUGUCUUGGUUUCAGACAAGUACACCCAAGUUCUUAUGCGAACUAUGUUUUUGUUUGCCUUCUAUGGGCUGUUUAGAUUAGGGGAACUAGCCACUUCCUCUAUGGGUUUCAUGAAUGUCAUUCAAAGGCAGAACUUAUCCUUUACAUUCAACGGCUCAAUUGUUUCAGGAGUAUCAGUCUUGGUCAAUGCCUACAAACAUUCACAAGGCCGCUGUGCAACAAUCCCAUUAUCCCGUCAGGCAUGCAAACAGUUGUGCCCUAUCCGGGCGGUAUUACGUUAUUUACGUAUAGCCCCACAAUACCCUGGUCCACUUUUCCGUUUCACUAACGGCGAGGCAAUUUCAACUACAUUCUUCCGAACACUGUUACACAGAUGUGUAAUUGCAUCGAACUUGGAUCCAAAACUUUUUACAGCUCACUCUUUUCGUAUUGGGGGCGCAACUCACGCACAUAGCAACCACAUGUCCCCAUCCCAAAUUCAGCAACUAGGUCGAUGGAAAUCACAAGCAUACCUUAAAUACAUACGCCCUCAAUCUCUCCCCAUAUAGGUCCUAUACUGAGCUUACACAACAACUCUUGAAAACUGGGAGCUGACGGUUUAAGGCAGCAGCUCUCGUCCCCUUUUCCUCAUUUCACAAGCUCAGAUAUGAGUUGACGGUUUAAGGCAGCAACUCCUAAUAUUUACUUUACUUGUUACAGUUCACGCUCAAAGCUGACGGUUUAAGGCAGCAGCUCUCGUUCUCUUUUCCUCAUUUCACAAGCUCAUAUAUGAGUUGACGGUUUAAGGGAGCAACUCCUAAUAUCUACUUUACUUGUUACAGUUCUUGCUCAGAGCUGACGGUUUAAAGCAGCAGCUCUUGGCUCUAUAUUUCACCCUAUUUCUUCCCUCAUACUGUAUAACCAUAUGAGCUGACGGUGUAAGGCAGCAGCUCAAAGGGAUGCAUUCGUGAUUUUUGUACUUUAGCAGAUAUAACAUUUAAAGCUGCGACCAGCAGCUCUCCUCCAUGUAUAUAUGUAAAAAUAGUCACCCGUGUAUGUACUACUUUAGUAGGCACUGUUUAUUUUUAAAGUAUUUACUGGUGAAUGCUUUUUUACUCAUAGUUUAUAUGCUAGUCAUUGUCCGUUCUCAAUGGGCGGUGGGUAACCAUUGUUACCAUUUCAGUGGGUAACCAUUGUUUACCCUGGUGGCGUUUUUCUAUCGCCCAUUAUGGCAUUCUGUACAUAACUUGUAUGUUUAUAUGUACUAUUAUGUUUUGUUUUGUAUGAAUGUACAUAUUUUAUACACUGUUCUUUAUAUGUAUUACAUUCAUUGUUUUAGGGCAUCAAGUUUUUGAAUGCCCUCACUUUUAUGGCAUUUGCAAUAAAUGCCCUUUUUCAAUCUCAAUACGGUGUUGGUUGUUUACUUCAUGCCAUACUAGUUUCAAUCGGAUCUAUAUGACUUGCAUAUCAUGAACAAUACAUAAAACCAAGUUUAUGCACACAUAAAGUUUUUUAUGUCAUUGUGAUGAUUUUUCCUGUUUUUGUAGAAGUUAUCCUCAAUACCUUUGUUUACAUACUACAUUAGUGCAGUGUAACCUUAAAGGCACGCUUAGGCAUUAGCCAAUCAUUAUAUAGAUAAAAGUCAUGUGAUCUGUUAAUGCUUUGGUGCGAGUUGCAUCGCAAAAGCUUACGCUUCAAAACCACCACCUCCCCUACCUCCGCCAUAUUUAAUUUUAGGUUUUUAUCACCCAGUGUUCUCAUUUCAUUAGUGCCAUGUAUGCUUACAGGCGUUUUUCUAUCGCCCGGCGUUUUUCUAUCGCCCAUUAUGGCAUUCUGUACAUAACUUGUAUGUUUAUAUGUACUAUUAUGUUUUGUUUUGUAUGAAUGUACAUAUUUUAUACACUGUUCUUUAUAUGUAUUACAUUCAUUGUUUUAGGGCAUCAAGUUUUUGAAUGCCCUCACUUUUAUGGCAUUUGCAAUAAAUGCCCUUUUUCAAUCUCAA